UCGUAUUCUCAAGAUGAAUUUGAAGAGAGUGGACCACCAUUUUUGUACUAUGGUGAAUUUUACUCUGAUGAUUUGUACCAGAAUUUGAUUCAAGAUGAAUCUUACCUGAAUCAAGAUGAAUCGUACCAAGAUGAAUCGUACCAAGAUGAAUCGUACCAAGAUAAACCGUGCCAAGAUGAAUCGUAUCAAAGUGAUUCAUACCAAAAUAAAUUAUAUUCUAAUGAAUCAUACCAAGGUGAUCCAUAUUAUGACAAACCUUGCCCAAAUGAAUCAUCAUCCCAAGUGGAAUCUUCAACUUACAAUGAAACCUCUACAAAUGAUGC